ACGAAGGCGCGGCAGCACCGGUGGAAGAGGAAGAGAAGGCAAGGAAGGACUGGGCAAACGACGACGACAAGAGCGGGCUCUCGCCAUAUUCCAAAUGAAGUUGCUGUCUACCGUGCUACUAGCCCUCGUAUCCGGGGCAUCCUCAAAACAUGUCGUCCAGUUCAACGUCACCAAAGCCCCCACGGGCAUCCACAUCGGUUCCGCGCCUACGCUGGCCCGUCGUGAGACAUUCUCGGAGCGGCUCAUCAACAACAUAGCAGGCGGGGGCUACUAUGUGAAAGUCAAAGUCGGAACCCCGGGGCAGGACCUGACGAUGCUGCUGGAUACGGGGAGUAGUGACGCCUGGGUACUGGGCCACGACGCGGAUCUCUGUGCGGACCCUAACUUGCAGACCCUCUACGGCAUGUCGUGCACCGACACCUACAACCCCGACUUGAGCUCGUCCGAAAAGAUGGUCAAGCGGGGCGGGUUCAAGAUCACCUACCUCGACGGCGGCACCGCCUCGGGCGACUACAUCACCGACGACUUCUCCAUCGGCGGCGCCACCAUCAAGUCGCUGCAGAUGGCCUACGUGAACAAGGCCGUCCGGGGCACCGGCAUCCUCGGCCUCGGCUUCAGCAUCAGCGAGCGGGCCAGCAUCAAAUACCCCAACAUCAUGGACGAGAUGUCCAACCAGGGCCUGAUCCAGUCCAAAGCCUACUCCCUCUACCUCAACGACCGCCGCACCGACGCCGGCUCCCUCCUCUUCGGCGGCAUCGACACGGACAAGUUCAUCGGCCCGCUCGAGAUCCUCCCUCUCUACAAACCCCCGGACGGCAACUACUCCUCCUUCGAAGUCAACUUCACCUCCGUCGCCCUCACCCACACCAACGGCAGCCACCACACCAUCCCGACCUCCACCCUCGACCACCCGGCCCCGGCCGUCCUCGACUCCGGCACCACCCUCACCUACCUCCCCGACGACAUGGCGCAGCCCAUCCACGCCGCCCUCCACACCGUCCACGACCCCGACCUCCAAAUGACGCUCAUCGACUGCGACCACCUCACCGCCAACCCGACCUUCCACCUAACCUUCACCUUCACCCCCACCAGCACCAUCACCAUCCCCCUCCACGAACUCAUCCUCGACAUCCUCCCCGGCCACUACGCCCCCCCACCCAAAUCAGGAUUCCCCCCACCGCCCGCGCGCGCCUGCGUCUUCGGCAUCCAGUCGACCGCCCAGUUCGCGGCGCGCAGCGCCCAAAACCAGGCCCACUUCGCCCUGCUGGGCGACACCUUCCUGCGCUCGGCCUAUGUGGUGUACGAUCUGGCGCACUACCAGAUCGGGCUGGCGCAGGCGAAUCUGAAUAGUACCACGUCGACGGUGGUGGAGCUGUCGACUGCGGCGCCGGGGGCUGGAGGGAGCGGGGAUGGGGAUGGGGGAGAUGGGGAUGGUGGGGGAGGGAGUACGGGGCUGCCGCGGCUGACGGGGGUGGCGGCGCAGCAGACGACUUUUACGCCGACUUCGACGCCGGGUGGGAUUGGAGGUGGUGGUGGGGUUGGUGGUGGCGCCGCGGGGACGGGUCCUGAGCAGAAUGCUGCUGCUGCUGGCGCGGUGGUGGUGGGGAGGAUACCGGUCGGGCAGAUGGCGGGGGUGGCCGCGGUGACGGGGAUAUUUGCGCUUUUGGGGGGCGCGCUCAUCGUGUUUUGAUCAUCCAUCCAAUAUUGGCAGACAAGCACGUAUGUACAUACUACCUACCUACCUUAUACUGCACGCAUGACAUGUGUGGAAGAACGCAUGUGGUUGCUUAAUCUUGGUACAUAAUUCAAGUAACGAUUGACGAGUCAUCCAGCUUUUUUUGUUCACUUGGCCGCGGGACGGGGAGAAGAUUGAAGCAGGUUACGCUGGUUUAGGCUACCUAAAGUCAUGGUUCUGACACCACUGUGAUACCGAGGGAACCAAGACCAAAACCCUCUAACUCUUCCAC